CGUUUCCAUGCUCUAUCGAUUGCUGUAGCUCGAUUUUUCAUCACUUUACUUAAUGAUGAAAUUUGAAGAAAGGAAAAUACCCUGAUUGACAAACUCUAACCAAUUACCAUAAUUUAAUUCGUCUUAAAUUGAACAAAAUGGGAAAUGAAGUUUCCAACUUGCAAGAUGUUUUGAGCAAGGAAGAAAUCCAAGAUCUGCUGUCAUCAACUCCCUUCACAGAGAAUCAACUGGGAAGAUUAAUGAAACGCUAUAGGGACAUGGACCCUGACUGCACAGAUGGUAUAUCAUACGAGAACAUGUUAACUAUGGUAGAGUUUGCUGGAAGUGAUUUAGCUCCGCCAAUUAUUGCAAGCUUACUAGACAAGCGGUCACUGAAAAUUUACCCCAAAACCUUUCUACGUGUAUGUGCCUUACUUAGUGAUCGGAUUUCACCCGGAGAAAAAAAGAAGUUCAUCUUUGACCUUUUCAACAUCUACAGCGGUGAAGCUUUAACACAUGAUGAAAUGUUCCGCCUAUACAAGUUAUUCUACUCUGUUGCUAUCUCUGAUGAUCACAUUCUGGCCUUGACAUUCAAAGCUCUAAAUCACCCUGACCUUGAAACCAAGGGCCAGAUAACAUUUCCAGAAUUUGAAAAGAUGAUUGGUGACCAGGAAAUUGUAGACAGAAUGACAGUUGACUUCUUCUGAAAGAUACAGGAAAGCUUAUCACAGUAGCUCAUUGUUUUUAUUUCUUGGGCAAAGGGCAGUUCUGAUAUCUCUUUGGACUCCAGUGUAUACAGAUAUGAAUGACCCAGCAGCUAUGUCCUUCACAGAUUAAGCAGGAAAAACAUAUGUUUGUAUACGCAACCUUCUGUUCAUAUGGAAAGGUGAAUUCUGCAGUGAUAAAUAAUCUACAUAACCAUUAAAUGUAAACAUGAAGGUUUUAUCUCAGCAAUGAGGGGUAUAAUUUACCUGCACAGACAUUUCACUGGCUGUAUACAUUCUUUAUAUAAUUGUUUACAAUUAUUGCAUUAAACUGUCUCUAAUGAAAAUA